AUGAAAUAUAAUUUCUGUGAGAAACGCAUAACUGGUGGCGUCAAGGGGUUGAAAGAUCAUCUAGCCCGCACUUAUGUCAAUGUGGGACAAUGUGCCAAAGUACCUGAUGAGGUGAAAAAGGAAUGUACAGAUUAUUUAAAGAAGUUUGACACCACAAAGGAGGUCACACAAAGAAAUAUGGAAGAGAUGAUAGGAAACUUUUCUUACUAUGGAUCACAGCAUGAAGGUUCCAGCAGUGGAAGCCAUUUAGUUUCUUCUAACCAAGGCACUCGGGAUCUUCAGCCUCCUACUGCUACAAAAGAACUCAGGAACAGAGUUUGUUUGGAUAUCGCUAGAUUGAUCUAUGAAAAUGGGAUUUCAUUUAAUGUUGUUAGGAGUUCGUCAUGGAUCAAUAUGUUACGAUCUGUUGGAAGCUAUGAAAGAGGACUACAACUUCUAAGCAUGUAUGAACUGAGGACUUGGAUGCUGAAUGAGGAGGAUGCACAAUUAUUAUUUGAAAUGUUGGAUGAAGUUGUCGAGGAUAUGGGUGAUGCUUUAGUAGUACAAGUUGUUACUGAUAAUGCAAGUGUAUAUAAAGCUGCAGUGAGAAUAUUAAUGGAGAAGAGACCUCAUCUUUACUGGACUCCUUGUGCUGCACAUUGCAUUGAUUUAAUGCUUGAGAGGUUGGGACAAUUGCCUUGGCAUAAAUCAACUCUAUUGAAGGCCAAAUUCAAAUUCAAGGAGUUAAGGCAACCUUUGGAAGCUAUGUUUGCUCCUGAAGAAUGA